AUGGACAAUGUGAAAAACGACUGUAGUGUUACUCAAGAAGAGAAGGAAACAUUGAAGAAAAAUCUCAGGUAUUUCCAGUUGGAUUCAUUGAAGCAUUGCUGCAGAGGUUAUUGACUAGGGAGCCAUGGAGUGACGCUAGUACGUCCAUAGUCUAAAACAACGCUGGAAUAUGUCAGGCAGCGCCGCUGCCAGGGUUGAUUGUGAUUCUGUUUUCUUUAUUUCAGUGAGCAGGAACAGCUGGUGGAGCGUCUUGCAGGAGAAAUAUCAAAGUACAAAAAGGAAUUAAAGGUGAUGAAAAAUGAAAGAAAGAAACGAAAGGAAAACGAGAAUAAAAAGACACAAGUUGACGCAACUUUAUUUGAAGAACGAAGAAAACCUACAUAUUCUGAUAAGCAGGUGAAUGAUGUCUGGUUAUAACUUCGUCUUGGUCGCAUGCUACCAGUUUGACUUUCUCCUGGUUAGGAAGAACAGUUUAGAACUGAUAGAGUUAUCCAGUGUAAAUAAAGUUGGUUUAGGUUUCCUCCUGUAGUAACACUAGAUCAAUAAGAGAUGAUCCUUACUGCACCUUUAGGAAGAACAGUUUAGAACUGAUGGAGCUAUACAGUAUACAUAAAGUUAGUUUAGUGUAUAGGUUUCUUCCUGUAGUAACACUGGAUCAAUAAGGGAUGAUCCUUACUAGACCUCUAGGAAAAACAGUUUAGAACUGAUAGAGCUAUCCAGUGUAAAUAAAGUUAGUUUAGUUUAGGUUUCCUCCUGUAGUAACACUGGAUCAAUACGAGAUGAUUCUUACUGGACCUCUAGGAAGAACAGUUUAGAACUGAUAGAGCUAUCCAGUAUAAAUAAAGUUAGUUUUUAAUUAGGUUUUUUCCUGUAGUAACACUGGAUCAAUAAGAGAUGAUCCUUACUGGACCUCUAGAAGGAACAGUUCAGAACUGACAAAGCUAUCCAGUAUAAAUAAAAUUAAUUUAGUUUUAUAGAAAAGGUAGUUCUGGCAUUUUAAAACUCAGUUUUGGCAUUUGAAAGGGGAGUUCUGACAUUUGAAAAGGGAGUCCUGGCUUUUGAAAACAGAGUUUUUGCAUUUAAAAACGGAGUUCUGGCUUUUGAAAACGGAGUUCUGGCAUUUUAAAACUCAGUUUUGGCAUUUGAAAAGGGAAUUCUGGCAUUUGAAAACAGAGUUCUGGCUUUUGAAAACGGAGUUCUGGCAUUUGAAAACUGAGUUUUGGCAUUUGAAAAGGGAGUUCUGGCAUUUGAAAACUCAGUUUUGGCAUUUGAAAAGGGAAUUCUGGCAUUUGAAAACGGAGUUCUGGCUUUUGAAAAGGUAGUUCUGGCAUUUUAAAACUCAGUUUUGGCAUUUGAAAGGGGAGUUCUGGCAUUUGAAAAGGGAGUCCUGGCGUUUGAAAACAGAGUUUUUGCAUUUAAAAACGGAGUUCUGGCUUUUGAAAUCGGAGUUCUGGCAUUUGAAAACUGAGUUUUGGCAUUUGAAAAGGGAGUUCUGGCUUUUGAAAAGAUACUUCUGGGAUUUGAAAACCAAUUCAUUAGUUAUCAUUGUUCUGAUAAUAUAAGCACUGGCAUGUGAGUUAUCAUAAUUAAAUCCUUAGUUAUCUGUAACUUCAAACCAGUAUACCAACUUUAUUCCUCACCAGGCAAAGCUGCUGACGCAAGCUCAAGCAUUACGUCACGAGGCAGAAACGGCGGUUAACGAGAUGGAGGACGCGGCAAAAACUCAGCUUCAUAAUCUAGCCAAUCAGAGCCAGGUUACACUCAGUGCUAUAGAGGGACGACUUACUAGAUCAAGACGAAGGCUUGAUGAAUUUCAAACUUUCGUUAGGGUAUGUCGUUACAGCAGCAAGAAAAUUGAACUACACUUUUUAAUAUUCUAUUUAUUCCGGCCUCCAAAUACAAGACUACUACACACAAUGAAAAGAAUUAACAUUAUUUUGUCACAAUGAUAACAGGCAAUUCCCAUUAUAGACUAAUUUUAAAACUAGGCAAGGAGAUGCAAAUAAAUCACCACAGCUAGAAAGAGCAUACUAAAAUGAAUGCAUGCAAUUGCAAAGAUUGGUUGCGAAAUAUUGUAAAAUGCGGAAAAUAUAGCCUUGCAAAGUUUGCAAAUUUUGUGUACUUUUGUAUUGCGUGCGGAAAUUGCUACCAUUUUCGGCCCAAAUGUGGUAGGAAUUUCCGCACGCAAUACAAAAGUAUACCAAAUUUUCGAACUUUGUAAGGCUAUACUUUCCGCAUUUUACAACAUUUCGCAAUCAAACUUUGCAAUUUUACUCAUUUUAGUAUGCUCUUUCCGCGGGAAUAUACUUUUGCCAAGAUAAAAAAUUUGUCUAUAAUGGGAAUUAUAGACUAAUUAAGGCCAGGGUCAAACGUCGAACAAAACAUGCGCCGAACCUAAUGCAAAUGAAGUGAAACAAAGAACUUAGCUCAUUAACAUUAGGUUCGGCGCAUGAAAAGUUCGACGUUUGACCUAAUAUAACUGCAGGUUGACCACCAUCUGCUGCACGAUGGUGCUGGUAAAACUCAUCCAUUGCUUGAAUUCGACCUCUAUUUCUUUAUUUAGACGUUAACGCAGAGACUUACAGAGCAAAUUAGCAACAAGAGACUGAACAUGAAGCAAGAACAAUUUCAGAGACUGGAUGAAGAGAAGAAAACAUCAUCGAUGGUCCAGGCUUGCGAGUUGGCUAGCUCCAUUCUCAAUAUGUCCAAGGCAGAUAUCGAUGAGCUGCUAGAUGUUGAUAUGUAUGAGGUAGUGCUGUUGUUUUAGAUUUUGUAUUGGUCGCAAUAACGUCAGAAUUUGGGAAUGUGUAAUUGUUGGAGAGAAUCUAGUUUAGUUUAUGUUUCCUCCUGUAGUAACACUGAAUCAAUCAAGAUGAUCCUUACUAGACCUCUAGGAAGAACAGUUUAGAACUGAUAGAGCUAUCCAGUAUAAAUAAAGUUAGUUUAGUUUAGGUUUCCUCCUGUAGUAACACUGGAUCGAUAUGAGAUGAUCCUUACUGGAUUUCUAGGAAGAACAUUUUAGAACUGAUGGAGCUAUCCAGUGGCAGUACAUGUAUAAGUAAAAUUAUUUUAAUGUAUAUUUUAGAUUGAUGACAGCUCAAAGCAAGAUCAAGUGAGCGAAUGGAGAGCACAUGUAGAGGAAAUAUUAUCAAAAGAGGUGGGUUUUCACGGUCGAUGGUACCUUUCCUCUGAGGGGUGGGCCUGGAGAUUGUGGGUCUCCAAGUUCUGCAAUGUAGGUGAGAGUACAACAUAUACACCCCCAUAAUCCAUAUAUACCCCUGAAUUUGGCAACAAGUUAAAAACCGGCUAGCCGUAGAGCAGCAUACUUGCAUCAAAUUAUUCGCGCAUUUGUUUUCAUGUAGGAAUCAUUCGCCACACCUUUGAUUCAACUGUUUCUGGACAUUGUUGAAAAUCUUCUCGUGUUGGAAAGAGGAAUUAGUGAUGGCAGUGAAACUGAAAUACGAUAAGUCGAACUUUUAUAUACAUUAUUUAUUUAGAAUGUGAUAUAGUGGAAAUACUGUGUGCAACAAGUCGGGCCUUCGUAGCCUGUUCGCAGGUUAAGUCUGAGGGUGAUUGAUAUUCAGUAUUCACUGAGCAAGACAGUACAGAAUAUGGUUUAAUGCGUACAGAAAAAUGAGCUGUUGAACGUUUGCAGAGAUGUGAACCCUAAGUAACAAAAAUGCGGGUGAUAUAUAAUUUUUGACAUGACGUCAUUUUUUGUUGUUGAGAAAAUUGAUUGGUGAUUUAUAAAAGCCUUGCUAAGCCCCAUAUUUCUAACUUCCAUAGAUAUUUAUAUUCUUGUUUAUGACAAAACAGAUGUAUACAAACGUCUUAAGAGUUAAGUCUAGUUGAAGUAGAAGUGCGCAUGCAUACACUCUACCAACCAAAAACAGAACAACGAAUCAAGAAUCAGAAGACAGAAUCACAGAAUGCGGGUGAAUUGCUAUAAAAUUUGCUAAUGCGGGUGAUUUUAUGUG